GGACUUCAGGCAUCUUUCUAGAGAUAGUCAUGGCACAUAACACAGAGUCUCAAGCGGAGACCUCCGUGAUCAAGUUCAAGAAUCAGGACUUCCGCUCUUUACGCGACCGUUGCCUGAGCCGGCGUCAGCUGUUCGUAGAUGAUGCGUUCCCUGCUGAGGCAUCGUCCAUAGGCCAGAAGCUGCUCAAGGGAAAGCACCUUUCCAAGUUGGAGUGGAAGCGACCACAGGUGAAACAAUUGCCAAUAUAUGGCCCCCCUCACUUCAUCCUGGAAGGCGCAAGCAGAUUUGACAUCCAGCAAGGAAAAGCAGGAGACUGCUGGUUCCUGGCAGCACUGGGCUCCCUGACCCAGAACCCUCAGUGUCUGCAGAAGAUCCUGAUGGACCAAAGCUAUGAUUCACACCAGUAUGCUGGGAUUUUCCGGUUUCGGUUCUGGCAGUGUGGACAGUGGGUGGAGGUAGUGGUUGAUGACCGCUUGCCUGUCAUAGGCAAGAAUUUCCUCUUUGUGCAUCCUCGCAGAGGCAACCAAGAGUUUUGGCCCUGCCUGAUGGAGAAAGCCUAUGCCAAGUUGCUUGGCUCCUAUUCCCAAAUACACUAUGGCUACCUUCCUGAUGCCCUGGUGGACCUCACAGGAGGCGUGGUCACCAUCAUCAACCUGCACUCCUCCCCUUCUGAUCUACUGAUGGCAGUGAAGACCGCAGUCAAGGCAGGCUCAAUGGUGGCCUGUGCCACCCCGAAGGGGCUGACAGAUGAGGCACAGGUGAUGGAGAAUGGACUGGUGAGCCAGCAUGCCUACACAGUGACUGGAGCUGAGCAGAUUCAGUACCAGAGGGGCAGGGAAGAAAUCAUCCGCCUUUGGAACCCCUGGGGCAACACAGAGUGGACCGGGCGCUGGAGAGAUGGGUCCCAGGAGUGGGAGCAAACCCACGACCCACGGAAAAGCCAGCUGUAUGAGAACAAGGAGGAUGGCGAGUUUUGGAUGUCAUGUCAAGAUUUCCAAGAGAACUUCUCAUGCCUGUUUAUAUGUAACCAGAUCCCGAUCACCCUGGACCACGGAGUCACACCCAAUGAAAGAUGGUGCCAACUGAUGUUUAAGAACCAAGUGGUCUCGGGAAACACAGCAGGGGGAUGCAGGGGAGAUGCUCAGUACCUCUUUGAUGUUCAAGAGCCCACUGGUGGCAACAAUGUCGUUGUGGCCUUUACCAUCAUGUCACAAGGCUUGAAGAUGGAAGAGGAGAUAUUUCCACUGCAGUUCCAGGUGUUCAAGAUACCACUAUUCCAGAAGUUCCGGGAAAGACUGCCGCCCACCUUCUUCUCCCCAUUUAGGAAUGCUGCCCAGGGCAUAGACUAUGUAUCCAAGUGCAACUUCACUAAGUCCUUUCACCUAAGCCCUGGGACCUAUGUAGUAGUUCCCUCAGCCCACCGAAAAGAAGUUGAGUUCCUGCUCCGAAUAUUCCUCAAAAUGCCAGACAAGGACAGGAAUCCAAGCAACAGUUCCAACCUCAGAGCCCUCAAGAGAAGUCUUUCAGAAAACGGAUCGCUAAAAAGCAUUCUCUACAGAUCGAUGGAUCAGGGACUGGACAUUGAUGCCACCCAACUGCAGAGGCUUCUCAACCAGGAGUUCCCGACAGGUAUUCCUUCUCCUUCCUCUGGGUCUCCAGGGGACACUUUCUCCUUGGACCAGUGUCAAAGCAUCGUGGCUCUAAUGGAUCUGAAGGUGAACGGGCGCCUGGAUCAGAGAGAAUUUGCCAGACUAUGGAGUCGCCUUAGCCACUUCCAGCAUGUUUUUCAGAACAUCCAGAGGAACCCUGGAGUCCUCCUGAGCUCAGACUUAUGGAAAGUCAUAGAGAGUACAGACUUCCUUUUAGGAGUCUUCAUCAGCAAUGAGCUACUGAGCCUCAUGGCACUCAGGUACAGCGACAGCUCUGGACGAGUCAGCUUCCCCAGUCUUGUCUGCCUCCUGAUACGGCUGGAGACGAUGGCAAAGGCAUUCCGCAACCUGUCCAAGGAUGGCAAAGGCAUCUACCUGACAGAAAUGGAGGAAGACAUAACUUUCUUCAGUGUUGGGAGACUGGUCCUAGAUCAAGCAGAAUGUGGUGAAACACUGCCCCCUGGUGGCUACAGCUGCAUCUUCAAUUCUUCUACCUUCCUAAGGUUCCUGCCCCAGCAAGGGUCCAGUGGCUUCUAUGAGGACCUCAGUCUGAGUAUCAUCUGA